AUGAGAUUUAGAAACAUAUUAUUAUUAGCUGCCAGUACAGUAUUUUACUGCACAUCGGUACUUGCUAAAACUUAUGAAAAUCAAGAAAUUGUCCUUGACAGUGCUACGCUUGGAUUGACAACCUACGAAGAUGACGAACUGAUGGUUCUGAAAAAUGCUAAGGUGACACUUAAUGAUUUCACAACUAUCAAAUUACCAGAAGGUAUUUCACUGACUGGCAAUUCUGUACUUAAGAUAAAUGCGCCUUCAGGUGAUGGCACUCCAUAUUCAAUAGUUAUCAAUGGCAAGGUAAGUAUAGAUGAUGAAUCACAGUUUAUCUUUGAUGGUAGCUCAUUGUCAUAUAACAUUGUUGCGUCAGACUUUGACUACAGUACUUUUACAUUCGAUAUCAACACCGGUGCUGAUGGGGUCUUUAUAUCAAAAAAUAGUCUUAUGAGAAUUAAAUUACCAAAGACAACCGGUACUGGUAUUGUUGCUGAUAUAACAUUUAACCCCUCAAUUCAUAUCGGUGGCACGUACAAGGCUCCUAAUAACUCACCAUUAGCCAUAUUGGGUAAUCUCGAGGUGUUGAGAAGUGACUCGAAAGUAGAUGGCUACUUUGAUGACAAGUUAUGGAGAGUAGAUCUUGGUCCUGAUCACAUUGAUGAAAAUGGUGUAUUCACUAUUCAGAAUGAUUUAUCAGGUAAUAUACACUGUCAAGCUUUUAUUGGCGUUUAUGCGGAUAUUUUUAAAGGAACAGAAAAUGUACUAAUUCGUUCAUUAGGUUAUCAAGGGUAUUCAGUCGUUUCACCAAUCACAAUUGACCUCGGUGAAGGCCCAGUAUUGGGGCCUCAAAUUGUCCUUAACUAUAUCUUACUCCCAGAAGGUCAAGAUGGCUUUAAGUUUUUAAAUUUCAAAUAUUUAGAUGGAAAAAGUGCGUUACAACAGAUGGGUCUCAUGUAUUUCUUCGACGGUAAUAGCAAAGAUGUAAUUGCAACGGCUGAAAACAAUGUCAUUGAGGUGAAAAAUCUUACGUCACAAAAGUCGAUAUCUGUAAUAGGUGAUCACAAUUAUAACAUCAGCUCAAUGUACAUACAAGGUAAUCCUGAUGCAAGAAACGGAUAUUUUAGUUUUCACAAGUAUGAAAAUGAAGUGGCAAUCCUCCUCCAACCUAUAUCCUCAGAAAAUUCCGAUUAUACGACGACGAUCGACAAGGGCAACGGUGACUUCGAGACAGACCUUGUUUCGCACAUCACGACCAAGGACACUGACGGCAAGCCUACCACAAUCACAACCACCAUACCAUUGUACGGGCCUGCACCUCCAGCUGUGACGAAGACAGUUGAUCUGGGCAACGAAGUGACUGAGUAUCUGGUCAUCAGCUACUGGACGACCACCAAUGAAUUCGGGGGUCUGAUCACGACAAACUCGACGGCCACCUACAGUCCUCCACCGGUGACUGUGACAGCCACCACUGCGUCGGACUACAUUGAGUCGGACUGGAUCUCGUUCUUCAUCACCACUGAUGAGAAGGGCGAUAUUGUUACGAGCAGCACUCUGUUCAACGCCACGCGUGACUACAACUUGCCGGAGGCCCCCCACACGUCGUUCGGGCCUGCACCUCCAGCUGUGACGAAGACAGUUGAUCUGGGCAACGAAGUGACUGAGUAUCUGGUCAUCAGCUACUGGACGACCACCAAUGAAUUCGGGGGUCUGAUCACGACAAACUCGACGGCCACCUACAGUCCUCCACCGGUGACUGUGACAGCCACCACUGCGUCGGACUACAUUGAGUCGGACUGGAUCUCGUUCUUCAUCACCACUGAUGAGAAGGGCGAUAUUGUUACGAGCAGCACUCUGUUCAACGCCACGCGUGACUACAACUUGCCGGAGGCCCCCCACACGUCGUUCGGGCCUGCACCUCCAGCUGUGACGAAGACAGUUGAUCUGGGCAACGAAGUGACUGAGUAUCUGGUCAUCAGCUACUGGACGACCACCAAUGAAUUCGGGGGUCUGAUCACGACAAACUCGACGGCCACCUACAGUCCUCCACCGGUGACUGUGACAGCCACCACUGCGUCGGACUACAUUGAGUCGGACUGGAUCUCGUUCUUCAUCACCACUGAUGAGAAGGGCGAUAUUGUUACGAGCAGCACUCUGUUCAACGCCACGCGUGACUACAACUUGCCGGAGGCCCCCCACACGUCGUUCGGGCCUGCACCUCCAGCUGUGACGAAGACAGUUGAUCUGGGCAACGAAGUGACUGAGUAUCUGGUCAUCAGCUACUGGACGACCACCAAUGAAUUCGGGGGUCUGAUCACGACAAACUCGACGGCCACCUACAGUCCUCCACCGGUGACUGUGACAGCCACCACUGCGUCGGACUACAUUGAGUCGGACUGGAUCUCGUUCUUCAUCACCACUGAUGAGAAGGGCGAUAUUGUUACGAGCAGCACUCUGUUCAACGCUACACGUGACUAUAUAGAUUCACAAGCUCCAUAUACGUCAUCCUCAAGAUAUUCAAAAUCGAAAAUUGAAGAGUCCGACUACACGACGACGAUCGACAAGGGCAACGGUGACUUCGAGACAGACCUUGUUUCGCACAUCACGACCAAGGACUCUGACGGCAAGCCUACCACGAUCACCACCACCAUCCCAUUGAAGCCAAGUGAUGCCGGCGAGGCCGACUACACGACGACGAUCGACAAGGGCAACGGUGACUUCGAGACAGACCUUGUUUCGCACAUCACGACCAAGGACUCUGACGGCAAGCCUACCACGAUCACCACCACCAUCCCAUUGAAGCCAAGUGAUGCCGGCGAGGCCGACUACACGACGACGAUCGACAAGGGCAACGGUGACUUCGAUACAGACCUUGUUUCGCACAUCACGACCACGGACUCCGACGGCAAGCCUACCACGAUCACCACCACCAUCCCAUUGAAGCCAAGUGAUGCCGGCGAGGCCGACUACACGACGACGAUCGACAAGGGCAACGGUGACUUCGAGACAGACCUUGUUUCGCACAUCACGACCAAGGACUCUGACGGCAAGCCUACCACGAUCACCACCACCAUCCCAUUGAAGCCAAGUGAUGCCGGCGAGGCCGACUACACGACGACGAUCGACAAGGGCAACGGUGACUUCGAGACAGACCUUGUUUCGCACAUCACGACCAAGGACUCUGACGGCAAGCCUACCACGAUCACCACCACCAUCCCAUUGAAGCCAAGUGAUGCCGGCGAGGCCGACUACACGACGACGAUCGACAAGGGCAACGGUGACUUCGAGACAGACCUUGUUUCGCACAUCACGACCAAGGACUCUGACGGCAAGCCUACCACGAUCACCACCACCAUCCCAUUGAAGCCAAGUGAUGCCGGCGAGGCCGACUACACGACGACGAUCGACAAGGGCAACGGUGACUUCGAGACAGACCUUGUUUCGCACAUCACGACCAAGGACUCUGACGGCAAGCCUACCACGAUCACCACCACCAUCCCAUUGAAGCCAAGUGAUGCCGGCGAGGCCGACUACACGACGACGAUCGACAAGGGCAACGGUGACUUCGAGACAGACCUUGUUUCGCACAUCACGACCAAGGACUCUGACGGCAAGCCUACCACGAUCACCACCACCAUCCCAUUGAAGCCAAGUGAUGCCGGCGAGGCCGACUACACGACGACGAUCGACAAGGGCAACGGUGACUUCGAGACAGACCUUGUUUCGCACAUCACGACCAAGGACUCUGACGGCAAGCCUACCACGAUCACCACCACCAUCCCAUUGAAGCCAAGUGAUGCCGGCGAGGCCGACUACACGACGACGAUCGACAAGGGCAACGGUGACUUCGAGACAGACCUUGUUUCGCACAUCACGACCAAGGACUCUGACGGCAAGCCUACCACGAUCACCACCACCAUCCCAUUGAAGCCAAGUGAUGCCGGCGAGGCCGACUACACGACGACGAUCGACAAGGGCAACGGUGACUUCGAUACAGACCUUGUUUCGCACAUCACGACCACGGACUCCGACGGCAAGCCUACCACGAUCAUAACAACUGUGACUUUAACAGAAGAACCAGAUUACACAUCUGUGUUUGUUUCUGAUGGUCACACGAUCACAGCUGUUGUUUCUCAUGUUACAACGACGAAUGAUGUCGGUCAGACGGUCACCACUACUGUGACCGUUAUGUCAUAUGAUCAAGUGGGUGAUGGUGUAUACACUUCUGCUCCUGCUUACUCGCAGCCCCCAGUAACUACGACAACUGUGAGUGCAGACACUACUACUGCCACUGUUGUAAUUUCGUACUUCCCAUCUGUUGGCGACGAUGGUGUCACCAGGACAGGUACAACUACUAUCUCCACUGUCUCUGUUGGAGGUGAAGCCGACUACACCACAACAGUCGACAGGGGUAAUGGCAGUACCGAAACUGAUGUCAUUUCGCAUAUCACCACUACCGACUCCAAUGGUAAUCCUACAACAAUAACCACCACAAUCACGAAUGCACCCGCACCUUCGAAUUCUAAAGCAAAUAUUGGGUCUGAUCACACCACCACCGUGGUUUCUAACGGUCACACAUUCACCGGGGUUGUAUCCCAUAGCACAGGUACUGAUGAGCACGGUCACACAAUUGUUUCUACAGUAACGCAAACCGUGGGUGGCCAGAGUCAUGGCAGCACUGUUUCAAGUGCAAAACCAGUCUCAACUGUAUCCGGUGCAGGAUCUAAUGCUCCUGGAACAGCAGGUGUAGGUGGUAUUGUCAACUCUCAGAAACCUCAGUCAGGAAAUGUGGCUGGUCAAGGGUCGGGCAACGAAAAGCCAACACAAGCUGCUGGCACAGCCGGUGGUAGUGGCUCUGGAUCUGGCUCUGGGUCAGUGCACCAAUCGGCAGGCAAUAAUGUACCAUCUGGAUCUCCAUCUGUUCAGAGUGCAAAGGGUACUGCAUCUCCAGUCAGUGGUAUUCAUAGUAGCCAAACACCACACUCUGUACCUUCACAAGCUCAAACACAAGGACAAGCACAAGCACAAUCAUCACGUCAACAGGCUGCCACGACUGUUCUAUUAUCAUCUGGUUCCUCUGUUGACAACAUCGGCAGUGGAUUCAGCAGCACGCAAACAGCUUCUGUCCUACAGGGUAAGGGUGCUUCGAUUAGAGUUGCUUCUUCCAGUAUUGUAUUCUCAAUGAUUGUAGUAAUAGUUUUCGGUAUGAUCUAA